AUGGCUUCCUUGUCACGCUCAUUUGCGUCUGCCAUUGCUAAUCGCUCUUACACAAACGCACCUGCCUCUGCAACUGCAUUAAAGAGAGUUUUCGCUCUCUCAUCCAGCAAUUCCGAAGAUGAACAACAUGCACCUCACAGCAGCCAACCCUUGUUCAACUCUUCUGUCAAGCAAAGAUCUGCUAGUGGAUUAGUCAACAAGACCAACGUCAAUGUUGGACCCAUUAACGAUUUUCAAUUACGUCUCAACCACACCACCUCUAUUCCCGAUUUCUCCAAGUACAAAAAGGUAAAGAACAGUGGUGAGGCCAGCCGUGCUUUCACCUACAUGAUGAUCGGUACCACUGGCUUGAUUUCAGCUGCUGGUGCUCAAGCUACUGUCACUGAUUUCUUGGCCAACAUGUCUGCAUCUGCUGAUGUUUUGGCUUUGGCCAAGGCCGAAGUAGAUAUGGCCUCCAUUCCCGAGGGAAAGAACGUUACCAUCAAGUGGAGAGGAAAGCCUGUUUUCAUCCGUCAUCGUACUCAAUCAGAAAUUGCUGAAGCUAACGAAGUCAAUGUUCAAGAGCUCCGUGAUCCUCAACAAGAUGCUGAAAGAGUGAAGGAUCCUAGCUGGCUUGUCAUGUUGGGUGUUUGUACCCAUUUGGGUUGUGUACCCAUUGGUGAAGCUGGUGAUUAUGGAGGAUGGUAUUGUCCUUGUCACGGUUCCCAUUAUGAUAUCUCAGGUCGUAUUCGUAAGGGUCCUGCUCCUCUCAACCUCGAAAUCCCUGAAUACAGUUUCUCGGAUGAUAAGCUUAUUAUUGGUUAG